CGUGUUGUUUUUGUUGAGGAACGCCGUCGACAUCUUUACUGCUGGCGUCUGAAGUAAACACUAAAACCGUAUUUUCUGUUUUGAAUAAUAGUUUUUUGGGAGGAGUUUACGAACACUAGGGAGAAGUGGAGGCUUUUUGCUUGGCAAUUCAGUCGAACGUAUUUUUAUUGUCUUCAAAAGAUGGGGAGUCAGUACCAGCGCUCAGUACCACUGGAGGUAAGGAGAGCAGAGGGAGAGCGUGUCCGAGCCAAGCAUCCUGACAAGAUACCGAUCAUCGUAGAGCGGUCCCAGAGGUCUCGAGCUCCUGACCUGGAUAAGAAGAAAUACUUGGUGCCCUCAGAUUUAACAGUGGGCCAGCUGUGCUUCCUGAUCCGUCAGCGCGUUUCUUUGAGACCAGAGGAGGCGCUCUUCUUCUUCGUCAACAACUCCCUGCCCCCCUCCAGCUCGCCUCUCUCUGCCGUCUAUGAGGAGCACCAUGAAGAAGACCUGUUCCUCUACCUGACCUACAGCAACGAGAGCGUCUACGGCGCCUGACAAAAGCACACCGAAUUAGCCAUUAAGGCGACAACAAGAAAGUGGGGGGAAGGGGGGAAGGAGGGAAGAGAGGAGGAGUAAAGUGUUCUGUUUGCUAAAACUUCACGCUAUUACAGCGGUACCUCGGUUUUUGUAAGUACAGUCAUCCCUCAUUUACCGCGGUAAAUGAAUUUCUGCAAAGUAGGAAUCAUUAAUUAUAAAUCAAAUAUUUCAUAGCUAGAGCAUAAAAAACGUGUUUACUACCGUCUAAAUACCUUUUUCAACAUAAUGACAGCCCUCUAGAUAUGAAAUACCAACCUUUAGUCACCUUUACACUCUUAAUCCUAUAUAGUAAUGCUGCCUGAGGCUGAGCCAAUCAGUGGCCACGAUACUAAACAGAGUGAGUGCGCUGAUUGGUUUGGUCUCAUCUAGAGGCCAAUACGGCUGUCGUAUUGAUAUUUUUUGUUGAUUUAGCCAUUUUUAUGCUUCAAAUGUAUUAAUUUGGGGCAAACAUUUUUAGACAAGACGGGAAGGGCUAGACGAAGUAGCUGGGGAGGGGGAAGUCUGGGCUUCCCUGCUUAGGCUGCUGCCCCCGCGACCCGACUUUGGAUAAACAGAAUGAGAUGGAUGGAUGGAUUCUUAGCCAAAAUAAACAUUUGUAGAAUAUGCUUAAAAUAUACAAUAUCCCCCAAAAAUCUGCAAUGUGGUGAAGCCGCAAUAUUUGAAGCGCGAUGUGGUGAGAGACGACUAAUCCAGCCCAAAAUCCAUCCAUCCAUCCAUUUUCUUCCGCUUAUUCGAGGUUGGGUGGCGGGGGCAGCAGCCUAAGCAGAAAAGCCCAGACUUCCCUUUCCCCAGCUACUUCGUCCAGCUCCUCCCGGGGGAUCCCGAGGUGUUCCCAGGACAGCCGGGAAACAGUCUUCCCAACUUGGCCUGGGUCUUCCUCGUGGCCUCCUACCGGUUGGACGACAGAGCUUCUCACCCUAUCUCUAAGGGAGAGCUCCGCCACCUGGUGAGGAAACUUAUUUCAUCCGCCUGUACCCGAGAUCUUGUCCUUUCGGUCAUAACCCAAAGCUCUUGACCACAGGUGAGGAUAGGAAUGUUGAUCGACCGGUAAAUUGAGAGCUUUGCCUUCCGGUUCAGCUCCUUCUUUACCACCACGGAUCGAUACAGUGUCUGCAUUAAUGCAGACACCGCACCAAUCCACCGGUCAAUAUCACAAUCCACUCUUCCCUCACUCGUGAACAAGACUCCGAGGUACUUGAAGUCCUCCACUUGGGGCAAGAUCUCUUCCCCAACCCAGAUAUAGCACUACAUUAAAUAUUUCUUAAUUCUUUUUCACGUUUAAUGUUUUUUACAAUUUUAAUUUUGACAGUACCACAUAAGAUAUAUUUUAAUUUUCCGCGCGAGAACCAUGCACUUGUACUUGGAAUUGCUGAUUCCCAUCCCAGUCGCUUCACACUCAGCUGCGAACCGAUCCAGUGAGAUCUGAAAAUCUUGGCCAGAUGAAGCUAUCAGGACCACGUCAUCUGCAAAAAGCAGAGACCUAAUCCUGCAGCCACCAAACCGGAUCCCCUCAACGCCCUUACUGCGUCUAGAAAUUAUGUCCAUAAAAGUUAUGAACAGAAUCGGUGACAAAAGGUAGCCCUGGCGGAGUCCAACCCUCACUGAAAAUGCGGACCAAGCUCUGACGACACGGUUACAAAGCACAUGUAGACUGGUUGGGCAAACUCCCAUGCACCCUCAAGGACCCUGCCGAGACUAUAGAGCUGGUGUACAGUCCAAAAUGUCAGGUGAAAACCCACCCAAAUUUUCCUAUAAGAAAUCACAUAAAUCAGAUCAAUCUGUUCCAGACAGUCAAACAUAUAAACACAAAACACUUUAUGUAGUUUUACAUGCAAAAAAACUAAGUGUAAUCCCUAUAAAUUAACAUUUAACAUGACAAUUUAACAUUCCUCUUGCCUUUGUCGAUUAAAAAAGUUAAAAGUUAAAGUCCCGACGAUAGUCACACACACACACUAGGUGUGGUGAAAUUACCCUCUGCAUUUGACCCAUCCCCUUUUUCCACCCCCUGGGAGGUGAGGGGAGCAGUGAGCAGCAGCGGUGGCCGCGCUUGGGAAUCAUUUGGUGAUUUAACCCCCAAUUUAAACUUUUGAUGCUGAGUGGGAGGCAAUGGGUCCCAUUUUUAUAAUCUUUGGUAUGACUCGGCCGGUGUUUGAACUCACGACCUUCCAGUCUUAGGGUGGACACUCUAACCACAAGGCAACUGAGCAGGUCUAUUAUGCGUGUUAGACAAGGAGGAUGGGAGGAGAAAGUCACCUUUGUACUUUGCUAUGAGAUCUUUCAAGCAUUCAAUAGUGUUUCGGUCAGGUUCAAACACUGAUGACAUCUAUUAAACAGACAAAGAAGCAAGGAAUUAAACAGAGACAGAAUUCAAUUUGGCUCAUUUGAGGAGAAAUGUCUGGGCUGUACUCUUGUACAGUCUUAUACCACCCUCUGACGAAAGAUUCCUCGUCUUUUAUUUGGACUUUCCCUGAUUACAUGGCAACAGCUGUUUCUAAAGGAAGGGGGUCGUAAACAGCCGCUGCCUUUGGACACAAAACAGUUCAAAGAAAAGGUGCCUGGAGGGGGGUCAGGCCCUGCUUCCUCUCCGCUUUGUAGAUCUCAGGUCAAGACAAAAUCUUCCUGUGGAUUACAAUACAUCAAAGAAACCGACACCUUUAUGUCGCUUCCCAUCCUACACAGUGGAGUUUUACAAGCCUUCUGCCAGGUAAGAUCAAAGACAGCUUUUGUCUGCUUGCCAGGAACUCAUUGAAACACAAAGUUUUGUGAUAACUUAGGUACAAUUAUUCUGACAGUUUCUCACCUUCUUUAUCAAAGUGUUGACACUCUGAACUUUCUUUGGCCCCGCGACGGCUCAUUCUGCAGCCGUACAUAACACUACAGGAAAACUGGGGCAAAAUUUAGUGUGUUCCUGGAAGAGCGGGGACGUACAAAAACCGAGGUACCACGAUGUUUUUAUUUUACUAUAUCAGUGUAUUGGAGGAAUGCUGAAAAGUGCGGUUUUUAUUAUCAUUAAAUGCUUAGCCUUCUUUUUCUUGGAAAUCGAAAAAAAAAAAAAAAAAGGAACAGUGAUGGAAAAAGGAAGUCGUCUUAUGAUCUUUGAUAGAGUUCCCCUCAUCUCAGUAUUUAAUUGUGUUUUUGUACAUUUUUGUGGCAAAUAAAAGAUGCAAAAAAAGGGGAAAAAAA